UAACAUAUCUCGAUAACCGGUAGACUUCAGUUUGCACCACUGUGGACUUCAUUGGUCUUUUCUUGACCUGCUACAAUCUAGUUUAAACAUAUUACAAAAAAAGUAUCAUGCAAGCUAACUUUUGGAAUUUAUUGACCACAUCUGUCAGGCCAACAUGUGCAAAACGUGUUGUACCUGGUUUAAAAACUGCCCAGCAGAGAAGGUAUGCCAGUGCAGUGGACGCAGACGUAGUUGUCAUAGGUUCAGGCCCUGGUGGAUAUGUAGCAGCGAUUAAGGCUGCCCAACUGGGCAUGAAAACUGUUUGCGUUGAGAAAGAUCCAACGUUGGGUGGUACUUGCUUAAAUGUUGGAUGUAUUCCAUCUAAAUCUCUUUUAAAUAAUUCACAUUAUUAUCACAUGGCACACAGCGGAGAUUUAGCAAAUCGUGGUGUAAUAGUGCAAAAUGUUCAACUUAAUUUGGAGAAACUGAUGGAACAAAAACGCAAUGUGGUAUCCGCAUUGACCAGUGGAAUAGCAGGACUAUUUAAAAAAAAUAAAAUUGAAUGGUUGAAAGGUCAUGGAAAAAUUACAGGAAAAAAUCAAGUGACCAUACUUAAACCAGAUGGUUCUGUGGGGUCUACUGUUAAUACCAAAAAUAUUAUAAUAGCUACUGGUAGCGAAGUAACACCGUUUCCAGGUAUCGAAAUAGAUGAGAAACAAAUUAUUUCUUCGACCGGUGCUUUAUCAUUGACCGAAGUUCCAAAAAGAUUAAUAAUCAUCGGUGCUGGAGUUAUCGGCUUGGAAUUAGGUUCCGUAUGGCAAAGGCUAGGCUCAAAAGUAACUGCAGUUGAAUUUACACCCACCAUCGGUGGUGUAGGAAUAGACGGUGAAGUUAGUCAAACUUUACAAAAAAUUCUAACUAAGCAAGGAUUAAGUUUUAAACUAGGAACAAAAGUAACCACUGCCAAAAAACAAGGAAGUGAAGUAAUAGUUUCUGUCGAGGAUGCUAAGGAUCCUACUAAGAAGGAAGAUUUAGGAUGCGAAGUAUUGUUAGUUUGUGUUGGUAGAAGGCCAUAUACAGCAAAUUUAGGUUUAGAAGAUAUGGGUAUUGAGAGGGAUGAAAGAGGUAGAAUUCCUGUUAAUAACAGAUUCCAAACAGUAGUACCAUCAAUCUACGCUAUUGGAGAUUGUAUUCAUGGACCAAUGUUAGCACAUAAAGCUGAAGAUGAAGGAAUAAUCACUGCUGAAGGCAUCGCUGGAGGUGCCGUGCAUAUAGAUUAUAAUUGCGUACCUAGCGUUAUAUAUACUCAUCCCGAAGUAGGUUGGGUUGGAAAAACGGAAGAAGAUUUGAAGAAAGAAGGAAUCGAUUACAAGGUCGGCAAAUUCCCGUUCCUUGCCAAUUCCCGAGCGAAAACGAAUCUCGAAGCUGAAGGUUUUGUCAAAUGUUUGGCCGAUACCAAGACGGAUAAAAUUCUUGGAGUUCAUAUAAUUGGCCCUGCUGGUGGUGAACUUAUCAAUGAAGCUGUUCUUGCAAUGGAAUACGGAGCGAGUGCUGAAGACGUGGCUAGAGUUUGUCACGCGCAUCCUACAUGCGCAGAAGCUCUUAGAGAAGCUCACGUGGCAGCUGCAUUUGGAAAACCAAUUAAUUUUUGAAAUAAAU